UUUCUUCCACUCUUCUCUCUUCUCUCAUGGGAUAAUUGGCCUGCCCUUUCUCUUACCAUCUCGUUCCGCCCGCAAUCGAAAAGAAAAAGAAAAAUACAAUUUCAGGACAACGCACAGACGCAUAGAGCCCUAGAACAAAGCAGCGAGAGCUGCUUUCCCUAUCCAUCUCGCCCGUCGUACUCUUCAUUAGAUACCCUACCCCCUCCCCCUACCCGCUGACAUGAUGCACGCACUUCGUCCCUCUUCACUCUUCCGCCCUUCAAGCCGCCCCACCUCUCCCGCCCCUGCAUCCACUCCCGCCUCUCCUCGCCUGGACCCUACCGUGCCAGCGGACAGGACCCCUCGCGCCAUGCACAAGCUGUCCCUUACUACGUUCAGCAGGAGGCCCUCCCCCGCUCCUGCUCAGUCGCAGCCUGCCGCUUCCAUCGUACAGGACGGUCACUACCUCGAGACCCUUCAGCUCAAGCUCAGCGAGGCGGUCUCCAAGGCCCUCGCUCAGCCGACAGGGCCGGCUGCUCCUCAUGAACUCGUUAACGGCCGUCGUGCCAUUCCUUCCGGGCGUGGACAUACCCUGGGAGCGCUGAUUGCGACUGAGCUCAACGCCACGCGGGAGAAUCCUCAUCUUCGCAAGGCUAUCAUUCGCUCUCUUCACCGCCCUCUCUCCAUCCUUCUCACCAACCUCAACGCACACCUCGUGCCCCUCUUGAACUCCCCCGCCUUCUCAACCCCCCUUGUGCCCACUCCUCAAACUCUAAACCCGAACCCAACUCAACUUCAUGCUCUUGCCUAUGCCACAUUUGCGGGUGAGCUUCUGGAGAGCCUCGAUGAGAUGUCUCUCGGUCAGGACGUACCGGACGCUCGGGGCGAUGGUCUGAAGCCUACCAGGGAGGCCCUAAAUUCUGUUAUCAGCAGGGUCGUCCACCCGCUCGUAGGUGGAAUCAAGGACGAACUUGUGAAACUGAUUGACGGCCUGGAGUAUUCACCGACUGUUCCCACGGGCACUGGUCCCAAAGUCGGCUCUUUACCGAAGACAGGUCCGAUUCAGCAUCCAUCCAUCGUCUCCCUGCAGACCAUCAUUCCGAUUUACGCGCGGGCGCUUUCCCGAUACUACACCACUGCACCAUCGCAGUCGCACCUCGCCACAGUCCUCAUCUCUUUGGUCUGGCAUGGCCUUGUAGCUCUUUCUCAUCGCGCACCUGCCGCCAACUCGCCGCCCACUUCGCCCGUACCCCUCCCUACGGCUAUCAAGAAAGGGCGCUCGACGACCCCUCCUUCGACACCGCCCCCCACGCGCUUUACACUCAAGCUUCCGCCUUCACGGCCUCCCUCGCCCCCUCAAGAGCGACACGUCUCGUCCGUUGCCUCGGACGCGCGCAACCUCUAUGAUCUCCUGAGCACGCUUCCGCGCCCCUCCGCGGACCGCGUCUCCACAUGUCUCGCACGAGAGGCCGUAGACGACGCAUUCGACGGUCUCAAGGGCCUCGUCGCUCUCUUCGACUUCGUGCACGCGAACCCUGCGCCCGUACCUGGAGCAACAUCUCAGGCUCAGCCGCACAAGAUCCCCGAUGCCAAGGAAUUAGAAGUCCUGACGGCGGAUAUGCCCACGCUCGUCGCAUUGCCGGUUCUGCUGCAGGCUUAUGGACAGCAAGGGAGGAACGCGAACGCGAAGACGGUCGCGGGGAUGUUGGGGCUCAGUCAGGGACAGUAUCGCGCGGGGUGUUUGACGGGGUUUGGGAGGGCGGAGGAGUGUACGCCCGCGGUGGGCGAGCGGGUGCUUGAUGUGUUGAAGGAGGGGAUGGGAGGGGUGGAGCCGAGCCUGGGUGUGGAGGCGGUGAUGCAGUGGUUGAAGGCGGAGGUGGAGGCGGAGGAGAGUGGGUGA